UAAGCUAGGUGACUUCUUCUUCAUCAGCGGCGGCGCCGCCUACCCCAAUGCCGGAGUGAAUCUUCCCACCACCAUCUUCGCCGCUCUUCUAAUCGCUGCUGCUAUGUAUUCCACCUCUAGGUAAUUUAUUACUACUAACCACUUCUUCAACUCUACUUCAAACCCUAGAAAUACUAAUACUGCUGCCUAGGACUCUUUUUUUUUUUCUUUCCCUUUUUCUCUCUUCUUGUUGCUUUCCACGACAAACUGGGUUGGAUUGAUGAAAGCCCUAAGACGCAGUCAAACCUCCUCCUCCUCCUCCUCGUCAAAUUCAUCAAAUUCCUGGAUUCAUUUGAGAUCUGUAUUAUUCGUAGUUGCUUCUUCCUCACCAGCUUCGUGUUCCUCUUCCGAUCGGGGACGACUCAAAUCACCAUGGUCUCGUAGGAAAAGAAAACAUGCACUCACUCCUCAGCAGUGGAAAAGUUUGUUUACACCAGAAGGAAAACUUAGAGAUGGUGUUAAAUUUCUGAAAAAAGUUCGCAGUGGGGGAGUUGAUGCAAGUAUCAGGUCAGAAGUUUGGACUUUCCUACUUGGAGUUUAUGAACUGAACAGUUGCCAAGAAGAAAGGGAUAGAUUAAGAACUCAGGGAAGAAAGAAGUACGAAAAGUUCCGGAGGCAAUGCAGGAAACUUGUGAGGUGCAGCGAAGAAAGCUUUAAGUUGAAAGAAACCGGUGAAAGCAGCAGCAAUGGGGACAGUGAUCCAUUCAAUCAAGGCAUGGACUCUGCCGAAUCAGAAGAUGUUGUGAGUGCUAGGGAGUCCCUUUCUAGUGAGGAAAUAAAUUCAUCUCCUGGGUGUUCAGAUAAUCGCAUCAAUUCAGUAUUGGAGGAAGAUCCUGGCGGUUCAACUAGAUUCAUAGAUCCAAACAUGUCUGACUCGGAGUCUUCAGACUCAGAUUCCUCUCAGGAUGCUGAAGUAAGUCAAACAUUCCCCUCUUCCGAUAGCAAGGAGGAAAACGAAGAGUCAACCCCCAAGUCAGAAGAAGUCCAAUCAAAGCUUCGUUCAACAGAGGAUUUUUCCACUUGGCAGCGGAUCAUCCGCCUUGAUGCAAUUCGUGCCAACGGAGACUGGAUACCAUACUCCCCAAGUCAGGCGCAAGUCUCUGAGGAACGGGCUCUCCGGUUGGCAGAGGCGGUCGGGUUAAAGGACUACGAGCAUCUUGAAGCAUGCAGGAUCUUCCAUGCAUCGCGGCUGGUUGCGAUUCUUGAAGCUUAUGCGCUAUACGAUCCUGAAAUAGGGUACUGCCAAGGGAUGAGUGAUUUACUGUCUCCAAUAAUCACGGUUAUAACAGAGGACCAUGAAGCAUUUUGGUGUUUUGUUGGGUUCAUGAGAAAGGCGCGGCACAACUUCAGGCUGGAUGAGACAGGUAUCAGAAGGCAGUUGAAUAGGGUGUCGAAAAUCAUCAGAUGGAAAGACUCGCACCUGUAUAAGCACUUGGAGAAACUACAGGCGGAGGAUUGCUUCUUUGUGUACAGGAUGGUGGUAGUGCUGUUUAGGAGGGAAUUAACCUUUGAACAGACGAUAUGCCUAUGGGAGGUGAUGUGGGCAGAUCAGGCGGCUAUUAGAGCGGGAAUAGGGAAGUCGGGAUGGAACAGGAUACGGCAGAGGGCACCACCAACGGAGGAUCUGUUACUGUAUGCAAUCGCAGCAUCGGUGCUGCAGAGGAGGAAACAGAUCAUAGAGAAGUACAGCAGCAUGGAUGAGAUAAUAAGGGAAUGCAAUAACAUGGCAGGCCAAUUGGAUGUGUGGAAGCUUCUAGACGACGCCCAUGACUUGGUGGUUUCGGUGCAUGACAAGAUAGAGAGUCGUUCGAUCAUAAAAUAAAAUGAAUCAUCACAACCCCUUGCGUAUUAUGUAAUGUACUAGUAGUACUACUCUAUUGGCACUCCACCAGCCAGCCUUGUUUGCUGCUGGGGUGUUUUCCUUUUUUUUUUUUUAUUUUUUUUA